AUGUCCAACCCACGCGUUUACUUUGAUAUUACCAUUGGCGGUCAACCUGCUGGUCGCAUUGUGUUUGAAUUGUUUAAGGAUGUCGUGCCAAAGACGGCUGAGAACUUCCGCGCCCUUUGCACUGGUGAGAAGGGUGUCGGACAAGCUGGCAAGCCAUUGAGCUUCAAGGGAUCUAUUUUCCACCGUGUCAUCAAGAACUUUAUGUGUCAAGGUGGUGAUUUCACCAACGGCAAUGGUACUGGUGGUGAAUCGAUCUACGGUGAAAAGUUCGAAGAUGAAAACUUUGAUCUCAAGCACGACAAGCCAUUCUUACUCUCAAUGGCAAACGCUGGUCCUAAUACGAACGGAUCGCAGUUCUUUAUCACAACUGUCAGCACACCACACCUGGAUGACAAGCACGUUGUCUUUGGCAAGGUGUUGAAGGGUAAGGGUGUGGUCCGCACGGUUGAGAUGCAGCCCACGAGCAACGACCGUCCGGAAAAGGAUGUUGCAAUCGCUGAUUGUGGCGAGAUCCCCGAGGGUGCUGAUGACGGUGUUCCUGCGCCUGUGGAUGGUGAUACCUAUGAGGAUUUCCCUGAGGAUUAUGAUGGUUCCAAGGAACCAACGGAUGUGAUUGAAAUUGGCGCUAAAUUAAAGGCGAUCGGUAACGAUUAUUUCAAAAAGGGAGAUUACCGUGCUGCCGGUACUAAAUAUCAAAAGGCUAUCCGCUACUUGAACGAAAAGCCUGCCUUUGAUGAAGAAGAUGGUGAGGAUCUUCGCAAGAGCUAUGCAGCCGUCAAAAUCCCUUGCCAGCUCAACCGCGCCAUGUGCGCAUUGAAGAACAACGACAACCGUGACGCAGUGCUUGCAGCCACAGGUGUCUUGGAAUACGACCCAAAGUAUUUGAAGGACACGGAUAUCACCAAGGCGUACUUCCGUCGUGGUAUGGCCAAGGUUGCACUCAAGGAUGAAGAGGGCGGCAUCAAGGAUUUGGAAGCUGCAGCAGCAAAGGAUCCCAACGAUGGCGCCAUCAAGCGUGAGCUGACUAAUGCCAAGAAAAAGAUUGUUCAGCGAAAGCAAAAGGAAAAGGCUGCUUUUGCAAAGAUGUUUGGUUAA